CUCAUUUAUUGAAUCCUAUUUACAUUUGGUGGCGAAACACCACUCAAUCACUCAAUUGAUCCGCAAAUCAAUUCAAGUCUUAAUCAUAAUUAAUCACAACUUCAACGCCAUUCACACGUAUUGUGUCCGACGUAUGGCAAUGUCUGCGAACUGAUCCCAACGCCACGAAACCACUGCCGCGACAAUGGUCUCGAAGCUGACGGCACGACUGGUGACAGUUAUGGUGAUAAUGAGCGCCAUAUCGUCAUCGAUGGUCUCCGGCGACAACGGUCUGGUGGACGACAACGAGUGGCAAGACUUCACCCUCGAGUACACGUGCGACGACUUGUGCGCCGCCGACGCCCUAUACGACGGCCCGCCCGACGCCAUCCUAUCGAUGCCACCGCCCCCUCUGCCCCCCUCUAUGCACGCACUGCUCCUCACGAACCGCACCCCCAUUGCCGACGACUGCAAUCUGUGUCACGUCUUCAAAGACCCCACGGAUUACGACUUCGCGUCCGUUCCCAACCCGGAGGUCAAGGACCAGGACUCGUGGCUAUCGGUCGUUGUGGUGACAAUACUCGGCUCAACCCUCUUCUGCCUCCUGUUCCUCGUCUUCCUCUUCAAAUGCAAACAUUGGAAGAUAUUCCCGGUGUCAGACUCGUGUCCUAUACUUCCGGAGAGUUUUUUAGGCGGACAUAAGUCGGCGCCGCCUCCCUGUUCGCCGACCGACUCAUGCAUAUCGCCAGUGGUUAACGAGAAGUCGCCGCAGAGUGUGAUAACGGACGCGCCCUCCAAGAAGACGUGCGUCACGUCCAGCAAGUACUGGAAACGGGGGCCCAAUGGCCCCCACGGGCUCCACAGCCCCGACACGGAUAGGGUGGGCACCGACUGCAGCACAGAUUUUGACCCCUAUUCGGACGCCGCCAGCUGUACGUCGAGUCCGGUGUACGCGGAACUCGAUCCGGCAGGUGUCACACAUGCCCUGUCCACCGGACCCACUCCUAUCAUACUGGGCGGGCCCUCCAUCAGCCCGUACGCCGUGUGCAACACAUACAGCGAAGUGGCGGACGCCGUGCGUAUGGCAGCGCUGGGCUCGUCAUCAGCCCUACUGCCGGACGCGUCGUACGACAACGCAGCCUACCUGACCGGUAACCCCCACGCCAUAUACCACGGCUCCCGUUCCCUGAGGCGGGCGGCGCAUAGGGCGGCCACUUUGGGACAGUUGGGCAGCGCUACGCCGUUAUUGCGGUCGCAUUACAGCCUCAACGCGACGCCACAACAGCUUAAUUACCUGACCAGCGAUAGGCCGCAGAAAAAACAGCGCCCACACCACGGUGGACAGGCAUCCCGGAGCUCGAGGGGCCUACACGACGAGCUACAGGCGAAUCGUUUCGAGCGACAGCACGGAAUUUAUACCGAUCUCCCGGUCCACUCGCCAUCGCUCACGACGUUUAGGACGGCCCGACAGCUUAACCCGAGAGAUAACCCGAAGCGACCGUUGCCUCCCGUGCCCGGCGUUAGGCUGUGA